AUGAAAUUGACACAAUUUGCUUCUAUCCUCACCGCGGGGUUUGUAGCAGCCGCUCAAGCACUGGAUGAGUCUCCAAUCCCUGGAUAUGGUAUUCAAGAGCCCUCAUGGGAGGUUGAGACAACCCCAGGAGGACCCAAGGUUAUCCUCAACGGAACCGUCCAGCAGGUGCAUGCGCAGCUUUUAGAGAUCAACCCCAACUACGAUGACGACUUUGCCACAGUGUUGGACAAGAGAGACGCGACAGUAUUUGGCAAGCGGGACGACAUCAAGUGCAACAACUUCCCACAGGCGCGCCGUGGUGAUAUUGAAGCCGGGAUUAAGCACUUGCGCGGGGUCUCGGGACAGCCUUCCAACGGACCUGGACCUGGCAACUGUGGGCGAGUCAGCUGCUCAUGGGGCACGGCCAUCUGGUGGUGCAAUGAUGGGGGACAGUUGCUAGAGAGGAAAGGCCGGCGUUAA